CCUGUAUAUUGUAUGAAACAGUGCAGUUGAUAAAUGGAGUCACGGUGUUUGUCAAGGUAGUUUUGUUUACGCGAAGAAAAAGAUUUUUUUUGCCCACUCGGAAUAUAAAAGCACCCUAUACGUCUUGUGUAUGUUGAGAGGUAGAUGAAGUCAGUGAUAAUGUGGGGUACUCCAAAUCGUUAUAAAUCGGGAUUCAAGAUGUCCCGAAACCAUAAGGACAAGUAUGAAAGCUCAAACCCGCGUCGUACGCACACUAUUAUGUCCACUGAGGACGCCAACUCUGGUAAGAAAUCUUAUUGGCCGGAGUUGGAGAUAACAGGCAGUAUAAGAAAUUUGAGUCCCAAUAUAUGGCAAUUGACUCAUUUAACUGCACUAUAUCUCAAUGAUAAUAGUUUACAAAGGAUACCACCUGAAAUAGGACGUUUAGCUCAGUUGAGAGUACUUGAUUUAAGUAGUAAUAAACUACGCAGUCUGCCUGCUGAACUUGGGGAUCUCAUCUACCUCAAGGAGUUGCUUUUAAAUCAGAAUUUUCUCCGAGUAUUACCGUACGAAUUAGGAAAGUUAUUCCAGUUACAAGUGCUUGGACUACACGGAAAUCCACUCAGUAAGGAGAUGAUGGCCGUCUACGGCGAACCAUCGGGGACUCACAAGCUGCUGUCGUACAUGCUCGACAAUUUACAAGUAACAGCGAAUCAUCCACCGCAGAGACCAUGGAUCCCGCUGACAAGACCCAACAGGACUCGGCCAACGUGUAUCUUUACAGUAAUGUGCUACAACGUUCUUUGCGACAAAUACGCAACACGUCAGAUGUAUGGGUACUGUCCCAGUUGGGCACUCGACUGGGAGUAUCGAAAAAAAGGAAUACUCGAUGAGAUACGUCACUAUGCCGCUGAUAUUAUCAGCCUGCAGGAAGUUGAAACUGAUCAAUUCUACAACUUUUUCUUACCUGAACUCAAGCACGAUGGUUAUGAUGGUAUCUUUUCACCGAAAUCAAGGGCAAAGACCAUGGCUGAGAAUGAUAGAAAGUAUGUCGAUGGUUGUGCUAUCUUCUACAGAACUGCCAAAUUUACAUUGAUCAAGGAGCAUUUGGUGGAAUUCAAUCAGCUAGCGAUGGCCAAUGCCGAGGGCUCCGAUCACAUGUUAAAUCGAGUAAUGCCAAAGGAUAAUAUCGGAUUAGCAGCACUUUUAAGAACCACUGAGGCUGCAUGGGAUAAUGGACUGCCCACUGAUCCUGCUCAGAUCCAGCAACCCAUUCUCGUGUGCACUGCACACAUCCACUGGGAUCCAGAGUUCUGUGAUGUUAAAUUGAUCCAAACAAUGAUGCUCAGCAAUGAGCUUCGUUCUAUCCUCGAUCAAGUCGGUCAGUCUUUCAGACCUGGCCACAAACCUGACUCUUCCAAUGUUCAACUACUACUUUGUGGUGAUUUUAACUCAUUACCUGAUUCUGGUGUAAUUGAAUUUCUAACAUCUGGACGUGUAGCGUCUGAUCAUCGUGACUUCAAAGAACUGGCGUAUAAAUCUUGUCUACAAAAAAUAUCAGGAUGUGACAAACCCAACGAAUUUAUUCACUCGUUUAAACUUGCCUCCGCCUACAGUGAAGAUAUCAUGCCGUAUACGAAUUACACAUUUGACUUCAAAGGAAUAAUUGACUACAUAUUUUACUCAAAGCAAAGCAUGGUUCCACUUGGACUACUAGGCCCACUGAGUGCUGACUGGUUUAGGGAACACAAAGUGGUUGGAUGUCCUCAUCCCCAUAUACCAUCAGACCACUUUCCAUUAUUAGUCGAAUUGGAAAUGAAUCCAAUAGUAGGGACUAGUAAUGGUCUGAUCUCACGCAGGUAGCAGCCGCUACGUUCUAGGCCCAAACAAUAAGCAAUAAGGGGAUGAUUAAAGAAAAAAACUAGCGACUUAUUGUAAUGAAAGAGAUGGAAACGAAUGGAAAUGACUAAAAAAAAAUCUCUGAAACCCCCCUCAUCACUCCUUCUACAACAUUCUGGCUCUGGCAAUAAAACUCGCAGAAUACUUACACAGCGAAAUGACUCAAUACUCCAUAUUACCGCACACAAAACGACAAAAACAAACGUAAGAUGUUAAAAUUAAUGAAAAUCUGACAGAUAGCGAUUUCACAUUAAUUCAUAAUUGACCAGGUGACGGAAGUCGUGUUGUAAUGCGUUUAGCCCAUGUAUAGUGUAUUGCAUUUUUAUGGAGUUUUAAGUCCUUAAUAUGGAAUAUCAUCUACGAUUCACGAAGUUAACGUGUAGAUACCUAUUUUCCUAUGAAACAAAUGAAACGAAUAAAAUGAAAUAAUGAAAAUAUAUGAAGAAAAAAAAAUGAUGAGAAUAUUCCGAUCAAGCCGCUGUGAUAUUGAGAUUAACAAUUGGAACAAUUUCACAUAUUUAUUAAUGAACUUAGCAUCUACUAGAGAAAAAAAGAAGAAAAUCCAUUGCAAGGAAAAUGAAAUAAAAUCUCUGACCUCUUCCUAAAUGUCAUUACAACAUUCUCCAAAGCCAACUUUUUUGAUAAGAAUGCUGCCAUCCAUGAAAAAUUGUAUUUUUAAACAAAACAAAAACCAAGAAAAAAAAAGAGAAAAAGAGAAAAUAAUUUAAAAUGAAAAAAAAAAUGAAAACAUACACGCUAUACUGGGCUGUGCGAAGUGAUUGGAGUUGACUUAAAAAAAAUACAAUUUCAAUGCAAGUACAAAACUGUUCUUAUUGGCCACGUAUAUUGAUAAUGAUAAUGUUAAAUAAGAGAAAUAGAUGAUAUUGUAGACGAGUGUAAUUGUAAGUAUGGUAAUUGUAAUGUUUCAACGUAAUUGUAGUAUCCAUCUCUUGGGAAAAUUUAUUUUUCGCAAUUUUUUUUAAACAUUCACUUCAUGAGUAUACUACCUAUCAGUUUGCAUUUCUAUUCUAUAGUUACAUAUACGUGUGAAUAAUUCGCCACUUGUUGAUACAGUGGUAAGUUGAUUAAAUUUGUAUAAAAGUAAUGGAUCAUUGAGGAUAACUGGAAGGAACUGAAUGUGAAUCGUUGAAUUAACGUUACAUUUUUUAAAUCAUGCAUUUAGAUUUUUUGCUCCAUUUUUAAUCGAUUAUAGAAUAGAAUUAUACAUAUGUAUUUAGCAAUUUAAUGAGUUCUAAAUUUGUAUAAAGAAUUAUGAGAAUUUUGUAAAAUAAUUAGACCACUGAGGUAAACAAGUGGUGAAUUAAUUAUCUGCCCCGGGUCAUACAUAAAUGUAGUGAAUGUUGUAUAAAUAGGUAAUUCAUAGUGUUAAUUGAACAAAACAGUGUCUCGCAUUCUGUAUUGGUAUGUUGGAUUGUCGAGAGUAUCGUUUUUCAUUAGUGAGCGAAAAUUCAGUAGUCAAUCUUGAUGAGUGGGGAAACAUGUUUGUUAAUUAUCCAAUUAUUUCGAAAAGAAAAUUGGCUUUUGAAAAUUGCUCUUUCACUCACUCAUCAUCAAGAUUAUUAAACAAUGAAAAAACGUGAUCCAUUCAAUAAAAAACCUGGCGCAUUUACUAGAGAAUUCUGUUGGAUUUCAGAAGAUAUUUUAUUUGAAACAAAUCAGUAGAUUCUAAUAUUUUUAUACUACUUAUUCUGUUGGAAUGGUUUUCAUAGAGAUGAAUUGAAUUAUAUUGAAUUUUUAGAUGAAAAAAAAUGCAGUGACAAAAAUAGAAGAUUUAUGUCGAGGAGUUUCUAUGAAAAAUAUUUGAAUAGAUUAAGUUGUCCAGAACAAAAUUAGAGAAAAAUCAUUAGAAUUUAUAGUGCGUUAGGUUUUCCUGUAAAAUUUUUCACAUGUACUACUGAAUUUUCGUUGGCAAUAAAAAUUUAAACAAAAAAAUUAAGAUUAUAUCAUAACUAUAGAUUGUAAAUGAUCUCGGGCCUAAUUUGACAAGAUGCAUCAUGUAUUGUCUAACUGCAACCACAAAGUGAUGAAGAAGUCAUGUUUCUCCAAAUCAUUUUUUACGUUAUCUGCCAGUGGAUGAUGUCGACUUGUGAGUAUUUUGACCAACAUCCCAUUCCUUUACACAUUUUGUUUUUUUCACUGCGAAUUUAUGAUUAAUAUACAAUGAUAAUAAUUAUUGCAUGUCCGCACUCGAAUUUGGUAUCACUUAUUCGAUAAUAUUAGGAUAUAAAUGAAGAGAAAUUGAUUUGACAAUUUUAGGUUCCUUAUUUUUCUAGUGAAAAUUGUCAUUUCAUUUGACCGCAAAAUAUCGUUUACUUGACGACGAAAAUCGUAAUUAGAAAUUGAGAAAAUUGUAAUGAAUCAAUGUCAAGCUAUCGAUUUUCAUAGCACGAUCAAUUUAAUUAAUUAAUUUGGAUCUAUUUUUUUCCGGGGGGAAGGGGAGGGGGGGAAUUUGAUGCACUAAUUUUCUCUGGGUAUGCAUUUUUUUCUCUUUUUUAAGAACACGACACUAGGUUUAAUUGAAGGAAAAUGAAGGAGUAGUAGGAAUGAAACAAAUUAUAUUAUGUAUUAUGGUGAAAAUGUCUGCCACAUUGAUUGAUUAAACGUAGUUGGUUAAAAGAGAUUAAUAGGUUUCAAGUGUGAAUUUGAGGGACGAGAUGAGUCGAUUUGACAUUGGAAUUGAUUAUAGUUUUUCAUGGAAAAGUCUAGCGAAUUCUAUAGAAAAUUCUAUUGGAUUUCUAUUGAACUUUCCAUUAGUU